CUCCCCUAACCUCAAAUGUCUCGACAAUAGCCAUCCCAUUCAACUCUCAACACUUUUCCUUUUCCACGAAAAGCUACAAGAAGAAGAGAUCAAGAUUCACUCUUUCCUUCUUUGCAUUUUACUUUUUGUGAACUCAAAACUUCAGCAUCAAUCUAUGCUUUCAUUUCUUUGAUUUUUCAUUUUUCUUUUUUUUCUUUUUUCUCUCCUCCUCCUUUUGCCAGCUUCUUCUUCUUCUUCUCUCACUUUCAUGGUCUCUUUUUUUCGGUUUUUCCCUCUAUGGAAGUUUGAAACCAAAACAAAAAAACAGAGCCCCCCACUUUAGGGAAUUAAUUUUGCACGCAAAUUAAUCAUCAUCAUCACCAUUUCCAACGAAAACUUAAUCAAAGUUGCAAAAUUUAUCAACAGGGUACGUUCAAUUCUCCUUGGUUUUUGCUCUUUUGUUUCUUUUUUUUUUUCCUUGACUGAUGUAAAAUAAAGCUUCUCUCUUUAGAACAAUCUUUGACAGUUAUUCUUCUUCUCUUCCUUUAUCCUCCUCAAUUUCAUCAAACAAAAAAAAAAAAAAAAAGAAAGGUGGAUGAUGGUGAUGUUUUGUGGGUUUGCUUUAGAUCUGCAGAUGUUUCAAAAGUAGUAAGAAAUCUCAUCAUGAUUUGUUGUACUUGUUAUUCUUGAUAAAGGGUAUUGGAAUAUAUGAGUAUUCAGUCAUUGUUCUGUCAGCAGUAAGGAGAUACAGUGUGAAAUUAGGACUGUUUUAUUCAGACAGAGGAUAUAAUAAUGCAGAGGAAAAAACACUUGAAUGUGGAUGGAGGAAUUGGAGGGCAGUGCAAGAUCAGAAAAAGAGGAAGUUCUUCAUCAUCAUCAUCUUUGUUGGUUCGAAAUUAUCGAUUGAAAAGGGCAAUUUUGGUGGGGAAGAAAGCAGGGUCAAGCACCCCUGUUCCAAUGUGGAAGAUGAAUGUUUCAAGAUCACCGUCACUUAAAAAUGACAAGAAUAUGGUGGUUACAGCUAAGGGAGGUGAAGUAGUGGGGAAAGAAUUAGUCGUUUCUGCUCGAAAACUGGCUGCUACUCUUUGGGAGAUCAAUGGAGUUUCUACUGCCAAAGUGAAAAAUAAGUUGGAAAGUAGUAGAAAGGCUCAUGAAGUAGAAGGGGUUAGAAAGGAUAAGAAUUUGAAAUCAUCAUCCAAAGUUGCUUCAAUGGCAUUGUAUUGCUCAGGUCCCUCUUUUAGUCCUUUAUCUGAGGUGGGGUGCAAUUUUUUCCUUGACAGGAUUGUGAUUUUUGGAUUGAACAGUGUCAGAGACUCAUGAACAGUGUUACAUUUUUUUAGUCUUGUGAAUGAAUCAGUUUAACUCUUUUAUGCUUCUGAUGUUCAUUGUUUAACUUGCAGAAAAUGGAUCAGCUUCAAGGGGGUUCUCACAGAAGUAGAGCUUCAAAUGGUUCUCAGAAGCUUCUGCCUUCUUCUGACUGCAAUUUUCCUGGUUUUGCCUCAUUUCACAAUGCUGGCUUUGUGGAGGUUGAUCAGAGUCAUGGAUGCACUCCCCGUGGAAACAAAGUUAAGCAUCGGUUGAAGGAAUUGCGAGGCGCUCUCACCACUUCGAAAGAGCUGUUGAAAGUACUGAACAACAUCUCGCGUCUUGAAGAACAACCACCUACAAGCUUGUCCCUUGUUUCGGCCUUGAAAAUUGAGAUUGAUCGAGCGUGUGUUCAGGUUAACAAGUUGAUUCAUGAACACAAAUCGAAUCAGCACGAGAUUGAUUUCCUACUGCAGCAAUUUGAAGAGGAAAAGGCUGCAUGGAAAGUGAGAGAGAAAGAACGCAUUCGUGGUGCUAUUAGUUCAAUAGCAGGGGAGCUUGAGAUUGAGAGGAAGCUGAAGGGCCAAAGUGAGAGGCUGAACAAAAAGCUAGGAAAGGAAUUGGCAGAUAAAAAAGCAUCUCUGUCGAAAGCUACUAAGGAACUUGAGAGAGAGAAGAAAGCAAGAGAGAUUCUGGAGCAAGUAUGUGAUGAAUUAGCCCAAGGAAUCGGGGAAGACAGAGCUAUUGUGGCUGAACUCACAAGGGAGUCUGCAAAAGUUCGCGAGGAGGUGGAGAAAGAGCGGGAAAUGCUUCACCUUGCAGAUGUAUUGCGCGAAGAACGGGUUCAAAUGAAACUUUUAGAAGCCAAGUAUCAGUUUGAAGAGAAAAACGCGGUUGUUGAUGAACUGAAGAACGAGCUUGAGGCUUACUUAAAAAGUAAAGUAGACAGAGGAGAGCAAGAGAAUGGCUCUCCAAACUAUGAAAGAAUAAAGGAACUUGAGAAAUACUUAAGAGAGACACUUCCAGUCCCUACUCAUCACUAUCAUGAUCAAGAAAAGAAUGCUGGAGAAAUUGUUUUCAAAGAGAAUCAAGGGGAAGCAGAAGACUCGCCCGACAGUGAUCUCCACUCCAUCGAAUUAAACAUGGAUGAUCACAGCAAGAGCUUCAGAUGGAAUGAUGUUUAUCAAGUUGAAACGAACAAAACGGCAAUGAAUGGCAAAAUUAAAGGCAGGAAGUCAACUAGCUCCGAAAAGAGGCAAAGGAAAAGCAUUUCCAUUGAGAGGCAAACUUCAGAUGGUAUAGAGUGGGAAUUUUCGCCCGCUGCGAGACAACUACCUUCAGAUGUGUAUACUGGAAGCAGUAAAGUUUUCGAUUUUCCUUCCAAAGAUUGGAAAAGGGAAUGCGAGGAUGAAAUUGAGAGGUACAACAUGAUCAAGAAUCUCAGAGAUAACAUAGUUUCUGGUUCCAAAAUAGCUUCAUUCCAUGAAGCUUCUAGUCCAAAAGGGAACUGGGAUCAACACAAUUCGGCUUCUCAGGAUCUUUCAAAAGUGGUACGUGAAGCAUUUGGAGUAUUGCAGGAAGCAAUUUGAUGCAAGAAGGAGCUUGACAUCUUGUUGCAGUUACUCUGUCAAUGUCAAAAAAAAAUGUCAUCUUUUUUUUUUUUUUCUUUCUUUUUUACUGUCUGCACUGUUUUAAACAGUUGCAGUAAAAUACUUCAUAUAUAGAGAUGGACAGAUCGUUCAAAAUGGUGUCUGCAUUUGUCUAAGUGAGUUGUUAGAUAUGAGGGAUCAAUCUUGAAUGGUAAAAGAGUAAAUGUACAAAAGUUUUUCUUUUUACUUUUAUUGCUGAUAAAGAUGUUGAAAAUUUACUGAUUGUGAAUAAGUACGAGUUCAAUAAUACUCUCCCGU